AAUGAUUAUCGGUCGCUCCAGAAGAGGGCAGCGCUGAGGUCACGACAGCAGGUCGGUUGAACUCUGACACACUGCUUGCAAAGCUCCGGAGACGACCCGCCUUACGGUGAGCUACACGUAGAGUUACGGACCUCUGCACGCAAGAAGAUGACGUCCAAGAAAGUAGUCGAGUUGUUCUACGAUGUGGUUUCGCCGUACUCCUGGCUUGGCUUCGAGGUCAUGUGCCGCUACAGACACGUGUGGAACAUCGAGCUGAAGCUGCGUCCAGCUUUCCUGGGUGGCGUCAUGCAAGGGUCCGGAAACAAGCCCCCUGGUGUGAUUCCGAACAAAUUCAUGUACAUGACCAAGGACCUGCACCGCUUGUCAGAGUAUUUUGAUGUUCCCUUGCAGACUCCAGCUCACCCCUUCGAGGCCAUGUUCGAAAAAGGCUCCUUGUCUGCGAUGCGAUUUGUGACGGCAGUACAAGCGAGGGAGAAGGAUGGAGACAAGCAGGUGGAGCGGGUGUCUCGGGAGCUGUGGCGAAGGAUCUGGAUGGAGGACAAAGACAUCACAGAGCCGGCGUCAUUGUCUGAGGCAGCGAUGAAGGCAGGACUGUCUGACAGCGAGGUUAAAGAAGUGCUGGAGCUGUACAAGUCCAAAGAGAUCAAAGACAAGCUGAAAAGCUCCACACAGAAUGCACUUGAUCUGGGGGCAUUCGGCUUUCCACUUGUGGUGUGUCAUGUGAAUGGAAAGCCAGAGGUGUUUUUUGGAUCCGAUAGAUUUGAGCUCAUGGCUCACUGCAUUGGGGAGAAGUGGCUCGGCCCUCAGCCCAGCCAAUCAGCUGCCAAGCUGUGAGAUGCAAAGCUGCUCACGGGUUCUCAUUGUAAUGAUGCUUCUUUCUUCUUUUUUCCAUAAUUCUUCAAAUGUCAUAUUUUCCGUCCCCUAUGAAACCAAGCAGGGUUUUUCCAAAAGGCCUUAAUGACACAUAGUCGUGUAAAUUCUGUAAUGCCAGUGUAAUUAUGUGCCUAUUAACUAGAACAUUGACAGCUUCCAGAUAAUAAGCUUUUUAUCUUUUCUAAUGAAAUACAAAAAUACAUUUAUGAAAAGGAUGCAAUUGUGUAUUUGUUGCACGAUGUCACACAUACCUUUUAAUAGUUUGUAUCGUGCUCGUAUCGAGGCUCUGGAGUGGGGCGACGGUCAUCAACGUUCAUGGUCCCGACAGGAUGAACCCUAGUGAUGGGGGUCCCCUGCCGGUUGCUUCGGGGCCACCAUGAGGUUGAUAUUUGUAGUUGUGGUGAAACAUGUCAGUGACUAGAGGACGGAUAGCGUAGACAUUCAUGUCUCCCUCAGGAUGAAUAGUACUGAGUGGUAAUCCUUUAACUUUUGAUCGAGCACCUUCAUCGGGUCAUGGUGAUCCCAUCAGCCUCAGCUGUACUAUGUUGUUAAAUCAAGCCGUUAAACCGCCGUACUGAAUAUAUAAAUAACACUUUGAUCAUAUAUCUGGCUCAGUAGUUUCCUCACAGCAAGUGUUUUUAAAUCCACAAGGAGCUGAACGAAGCCGUUCUGUGCAGGUGAGAUGGGGGAGAAAGCUAACUUUCAUUCAGGUUUCGAUGUAACUCCUUCUGGUUGUUUGUUUAUGGCUGUUCAUGUGUGCCCUGUGGUCGACAGAGCUGUGGGUGUGACCCUCGUCAUGUUUGAUGAGAGCAGGGACGCCCUCCACCCUCUUGCUGAAGUAAACUCAGGACGUGGUUAUGAAUGGUUGGAUAAAACCUUCAUGAUGAAAUAAAUAUUAAUCUUCAAAUCCAAUGUUUCAUGUAUAACAUUUUUCAUAGAUCUUACAUUGUUUAAUUUCCUGUGAUAUGGAGUAGCUCAACUUCUGCCUUGUAUCAGAUUAUACAUAAAUCGGAUCAAUAAUACAUCACUAUGGUCUAUUUUGUUGAGGUGAGCAGCGGCUGUCUUCUUAUUAAUCACUAUAAUAGAAUAAUGCUAAUCUGCUGCUGCAGAUUUACACCCCUGAUUAUAUUUAUUUCUUCCCUUUCUUUAUCUUAGAGUUGCGUGCAUUGUAUUUACAAAAAUAAAAAAACAUGAAAACAUUCAUAAUCAA